UUUAAAUGUUUUUGUUGUUCUCAGGUUGGUAAAGUUAGUAUCAUGAAAUGGCAGCCAGAAGAGGAACAGAAUGUCCAACUUGGAGGCCAAGGUCCAAACUAACCUCAGAGAUCCAGCUCAAUCUAUGUGGAAAACUUUUCACUCUGGACAAGGAGCUUAUUUCCAACAAGUCCUCCAAAAUAUGGAAAUUACUACAGAAAACUCCAGAGCCCGACCUCUCCAUCCUCCUCCAAGACAUCCCGGCCGACCACGAAACCAUGGAGCUCGUCGCUCGAUUCUGCCACGGCUUCGACAUUUCCCUAUCCACCCAAAACGUCAUCAGGGUCGCAUGCGUGGCCCAUUACCUAGGCAUGACCGACACCCACUGCCCCGACAACCUCUUCACCAGGGCCAUCUCCUUCUUCCAGCACCACACACUCACUAGCUGGGAAAACUCCAUCACGGCCCUCAAAUCCGCCGAGCCCGUCCUCCAGCCCGCCCUCCAACUCGGCCUCGUAAACUACUGCGUCGAGUCCCUCAUCUCAAAAGCCCUCGAAAACCCGCGCCUUUUAGGUGACCCCGUCAACGACUACUCCUCGCCGUUGACUUCCGAAGACGAAGACGAUGACGGCCACCGCGAAGAAAUCAGGCGACGACGCACGAGGAGAAAGCUUUUCAGCACCGAAGGUGCUGCUGCUGACCUGACCUCCCUCUCGUUGAGGCUGUAUGCGCCGACGCUCCACGCGAUGACUCAGCGAAAAGUCCCCCACGAGUACGUCGCCGCGAGCGUCUGCCAGUACGCGAGGACGUGGGUAUUCGACGACGACGAGGCGAAUGCGCGGAGUCGGGAGAUAAUCGAGACUCUGGUUUCUCUCCUGCCUGAUAACGACGCGUAUUCAGUAGUCCCUUGCGAUUUCUUGUCCGAAAUGCUGAGAUUCGCGAUCGCGCUCGACGCGAGCGAAGACUGCAGAAACAGUCUCGAAACGAGGAUGGGAAAGCAGCUGGCGCGCGCGUCAGUGAAGGACCUCUUGAUACCGAGCUUGGGUUACGCGCGGGACGAGAAGUACGACACGGAGUGUGUGCGGAGGAUUCUGAAGAAUUUCUACUGCGGCUACACAGGGGGCGACGCGUCGCCGCUGGGCUCGGUGUCUGAGCUCGUGGAGGAAUUUCUGGCCGAGGUGGCGGGAGACAUUGACCUACGGACGGGGACGUUUAUGGAGAUUGCUGACAUGGCGGUGGCGGUGGCUAUGGGGGCCCACAGGGGGUCGGACGGGAUUUACAGGGCGGUGGACGUGUAUCUGGAGAAGCACAGGCACCUGACAGAGACGGAGAGGGAGAAGGUUUGUAGGGUUGUGGAGUGGGGGAGGCUGUCUGCUGAGGCGUGCGAGCACGCGGCGAGGAACGAGAGGCUGCCUGUGAGAGUGGUGGUGCAGGUUUUGUUUGCGGUGCAGUUGAAGCUGAGGGAGGCGAUACCGAGGGAGGUGGAGAUGGAGAGGAUGGGGAGUAAGGUGUCGGAGUUGGAGAGAGAGUGUCGGGUUAUGAAGACGGAGAUAGAGAGUGGGGGGAAUGGGAAUGGGAAGAGGAAGAGGAUGAGUCUGUGGAGGGAUGUGAAGAGGAGAUUGGGGUGUGUUGGUAAUAGUAUGAGUGAUUGCAAUUGCCAUGUCAAGAGGAAGAAGGUGCAUCCUAGAUAGAAGGGAUUGGGUUUAAGAUGCAUGUCAUCAGAUUUUAUUCUGGUUUUUUUACUUUUGGUUUGUUUUGUUUUGUUUAUUCAGUUGUUGCUUUUGGGGAACACUUGUGUUCUCUUGUUAAAGAACCAAAUUAUCUCGUUUGGUGAGUUUGUUAAUGUUAUGUUUUGUUUGUUUUAAGUUUGAGAGUUUGGAUAUCGGAUUCUAUAGUGAUUAGUGAUAGACCUGGA